UUAGCAUUGAAGCAUUCAAACAACAAACUCUUACUAUACAUAUAACACCUUCACGCUGCCACCACUCUCCAAACUUUUCUAGUUCUAGACAACCCCAACACAUGGAACCAAAGUGCACCACCAUAAACUGUCGCCGCCCGGACUUUGUUCCGACCCCUCUGCCGGAGAGCCCUCGAGUGCCCAUGGAGUUUCUCUCACGCUCAUGGAGUGCCUCAGCUCUUGAGGUCUCCAAAGCACUCGCACCUCUCUCUUCUUCCAUGACCAAUUCCAACAACAACACUUCCAUUCCCGAAGAAACCACUUCCAACAACAACAACAACAAUAUCUCUUUCUCUGAUGACUUCUCAGCAAUGUCUAAAAACCACUUCCCUUUCGCCUCCUCUGCCACCUCUCAGCUUGUCCUGGAACGCAUUAUGUCACAGUCUGCAAGAGAGGAAGUGUCUCCGUUAACUUCAGGUAGGUUGUCUCACAGCAGCGAGCCUUUGAAUGGUGGUGGUUCCUUAACCGGAACAGAUAGCCCCCCAAUUUCACCUUCAGAUGAAUUUGACGACCUUGUUAAGUUUUUUGGGGCAAACCAUUCCAUUCACCAUUUAUUCAAUGGAGGACGAGCCAGUGCAACUAUUGGCAACGGCACUGCUUGCUCAGGGCCUAAAACAGUUGGAAGAUGGUUGAAGGAAAGAAGAGAAAAGAAGAAAGAAGAAAACAGAACUCAUAAUGCUCAGCUGCAUGCUACUAUUUCAGUUGCUGCAGUGGCUGCUGCUGUUGCAGCCAUUGCGGCUGCAACAGCAGGCUCAACUGCACCCAACAAGGAUGAGAAGAUGGCAAAGACUGACAUGGCUGUUGCUUCUGCAGCCACAUUAGUUGCUGCACAGUGUGUAGAGGCUGCUGAAGCAAUGGGGGCUGAGCGUGACCACCUUGCUUCUGUGGUCAGCUCUGCUGUAAAUGUCCGUUCUCACGAUGAUAUCACGACUCUUACUGCUGCAGCUGCCACUGCUCUACGAGGAGCAGCAACCUUGAAAGCAAGAGCUUUGAAGGAGGUGUGGAAUAUUGCCACAGUGACACCACUAGAGAGAGGCAUAGGGGGGAUUGGACUGUGUGGUAAAAGUAUCAACAGUAAUACUAAUACCAGCAAUACCAGUACCAGUGAUAGUGGGGAAGUUUUCAAUGGAGAAAAUUUUCUGGGUGCCUGCAGUCAAGAGCUACUUGCUAAAGGCAGUGAAUUACUCAAGCGCACCCGUAAAGGUGACCUUCACUGGAAAAUAGUGUCUGUUUAUAUACAUCGAACAGGCCAGGUAAUGCUGAAAAUGAAGAGCAGACAUGUUGCAGGAACCAUUACCAAAAAGAAAAAGAAUGUUGUGCUAGAUAUAUGCACGGAUUUACCAGCAUGGCCAGGAAGACAUCUGUUUGAUGAUGGUGAAAAGCGACGGUACUUUGGACUGAAGACAGAUGCAAGGGGGAUUGUGGAGUUUGAAUGUCGAAAUCAAAGAGAAUAUGAUAUAUGGACACAAGGGGUUUCGAGGCUUCUCUCCAUUGUUGCACAAAGACAAAACAACAGAUAUGGGAAUUGAAUUUGUCAUCUUAUUUCUACCAACAAUUGCUGACUACUGAACUCAAUUCAAAUUAUAUGUAUCCAGAUGUAUUUUCCAUUUGUUUGCCUCAAACAAUCAUCAUUGGCAAGGACUCAAAUGGACUUGGUGACUUCCGCAAGAAAUUACUACCAUUUGCUGUCUAAAUUUGUAUAAUCGUAGGAGUGUCUUUUUCUCCCUUGACAAUGCACGUGUCAACACUCACCUAGAGUGAAGAAUCGUUCAAAUGUUGCCAUACAUUGUCAUGGAUAGCUAAUAGCUUAUAAAUAUAAAACGAUUGAUGUGCUUACGUUCAACAA